GACUCUGGAUUCGGGAGCAUUGCAGGCUCUACCCAGCAGUUUGCACUCUUCAGCUCAGCAUCUUGGAAAGCUCUGCAGAGUCUCCACCUCGCAGACUCCAAGAUGCAGGGACCUUGGCUGCUGCUGGCUCUGGCUUUGAUGUUCACCCUAACUGGUAUCCCUGAAUCCUGCGCCUUGCCGGAGGCAGCCCAGGAGGAAGGUGCAAUGACUCCUGACCUUCCUGACCUGGAGAAAGUCCAAGUCCGGCCAGAACGUCGAUUCUUGCGGAAAGACCUCCAGCGGGUGCGAGGGGACCUCGGUGCUGCCUUAGACUCCUGGAUCACAAAACGCCAGCAUCCAGGCAAAAGGGAGGAGGAGGAGGGAGAUGUUGAAGCUGAAGAGAGGGGGGACUUGGGAGACGUGGAAGCCUGGAGAUCCCACAAACGACAGCACCCCGGCCGACGUGCCAACCAGGACAAGUAUUCCUGGGCAGAUGAGGAGGACAGUGACUGGCUGCCACCGUCCUGGUUACCAGAUUUCUUUCUGGAUUCCUGGUUCUCAGAUGUUCCCCAAGUCAAGCGGCAGCACCCUGGCAGGCGAUCCUUCCCCUGGAUGGAGUCUGAUGUCACCAAGAGGCAGCAUCCAGGGCGGAGGUUCACAGAUCCUGAGCUCCAAAGAAGCUGGGAAGAAAAAGAGGGAGAGGGUGUCUUCAUGCCUGAGAAACGCCAGCAUCCUGGCAAAAGGGCAUUGGGUCACCCUUGUGGGUCCCAGGGGAUUUGUGGUCAAACAGGCCUGCUCCAGCUUCUAGGUGACCUGAGCAGGGGCCAGGAGACCCUGACGAAGCAAAGCCCAGAACUGGAAGCCUGGGACAGGGAACCCCUGGAGGAGUAAGACUAGAGUCAGACUUUGGGUCUAGGAUGAUGUAAGCCCCAUGUACCCUGUCCGUUCCCUUCAGCUUUCCUCUAUUAGAUGUGAAACCUGGGCCCUUUGUACAUAGCAGCCACCCAAACCCCUUCCUUACCCACUUCAGGGACUUCAGAAAGCCAGUCAGGAAGUUAAAACCCUAUUUAUCCCUUUAAGCAAGAGGGUGGGGGCCCUCUUCCCUGACAGUCCCACAGUUUCACACCCCUUCCACACUGGCCAAGAUGGUUCUUCCACACCUCCUAAGGGACCUCCUAAGAAAGGGUAGGAUUGGAUUGAAAAGUUUUGGUGUUAAAAUCCAACUUCUGUCAUCUGCCCCCUGUGGCAAGACUGACCUGGUAUAACUUCAGUGCAUCCUCCAAUGUUGGGGGACCUGAGCAGUUUGGGGGAUAUUCAGAUAUGUCUUGGGGGCUGUGGGGAGUCACAUCUUGUAUAUAACCCUGCUGUUGUUAAUCUCAAUGACAAUAAAAUAUAUCCAGGUCA